UUCUCCUCAUUCUCUCUCCGCCGCUCUUGUUGCGGCUUCUGCAAUCGAUCAACUUUUCUUCCGUGCGGGCUGCGGUGUUAACCCUAAUAAUCUUGGAGAGCUGUUUCUCGUUCUCAUAAUCGGUGUUUCCUCUAUCAAGAAAACAGUCGUGAAAAAUGGUGCAAUACAACUUCAAGAAGAUUACAGUUGUUCCCACCAAGGAUGAUUUCGUCAACAUCAUCCUUUCCCGUACUCAACGUCAAACACCUACAGUCGUUCACAAAGGAUAUGCCAUCACCCGAAUCCGCAAGUUCUACAUGCGUAAAGUGAAGUACACUCAAUCGAACUUUCACGAGAAGCUAUCCACCAUCAUUGAAGAGUUUCCCCGCCUUGAUGAUGUCCACCCUUUUUAUGGAGAUCUUCUUCACGUCCUCUACAACAAAGACCAUUACAAGCUUGCCCUAGGUCAAAUCAACACAGCAAGAAAUCUUAUCGGUAAAGUUGCGCAAGACUAUGUUAAACUGUUGAAAUAUGGUGACUCACUUUACAGAUGCAAGCAGCUUAAGGUUGCUGCCCUUGGUCGUAUGUGUACUGUUCUCAAGAGGAUUGGCCCUAGUCUGGCUUAUCUUGAGCAGAUUAGACAGCACAUGGCUAGGCUUCCCUCAAUUGACCCAAAUACAAGGACAAUUCUCAUUUGUGGGUACCCUAAUGUUGGAAAGAGCUCUUUCAUGAACAAGAUCACUAGGGCUGAUGUUGAUGUUCAGCCCUAUGCUUUCACUACCAAAUCCCUCUUUGUUGGACACACUGACUAUAAGUACCUCAGAUAUCAAGUGAUUGAUACUCCAGGGAUUUUGGAUAGACCUUUAGAAGAUCGUAAUGUUAUUGAGAUGUGCAGCAUCACAGCCCUGGCACAUUUACGAGCUGCUAUCCUCUUCUUCCUUGACAUAUCCGGUUCGUGUGGUUACACCAUUGCUCAGCAGGCGGCUCUGUUUCAUAGCAUCAAGUCCUUGUUCAUGAAUAAGCCCUUGGUUAUCGUCUGCAACAAGACUGACUUGCAGCCUUUGGAUAGUAUAUCUGAAGAAGACAAGAAGUUGGUCGCUGAGAUGAAAGCUGAAGCUAUGAAGACCGUGAUCGGACAAGGCCCGGAGGACGAUCCUAACAGUUCUGAGGGUGUGCUCGUGACCAUGAGUACGUUGACCGAAGACGGAGUGAUGCUUGUGAAGAAUGCUGCUUGUGAGAGACUUCUGAAUCAGAGGGUGGAGAUGAAGAUGAAGUCGAAAAAGAUAAACGACUGCUUGAACAGAUUCCACGUCGCGAUGCCCAAGGCCCGUGACCAGAAGGAGAGGCCCGCCUGUAUCCCGCAGGCUGUUCUUGAAUCAAUGGCUAAGCAGGAAGUUGUGAAGGAAACUAGGAAACUGGAGAGGGAUUUGGAGGAGGAGAACGGAGGUGCUGGUGUGUACUCAGCUAGCUUGAAGAAACACUAUAUCUUGGCUGACGACGACUGGAAGGAAGACAUUUUACCCGAAAUCCUGGACGGUCAUAACGUGGCCGACUUCUUGGAUCCAGACAUCUUGAACCGCCUCGAGGAACUUGAGAAAGAAGAAGGCCUGCGGCUGGAGAUGGAGGGUGACGAAGAUACUGAUAUGGAAGUCGAGGAGCUCGAUCCAGAAUCAAAGAAAGCGCUGGAUGCAAUUCGCCGCAAGAAAUCCCUUCUCAUUCAGACUCACAGGAUAAAGAAGAGCACAGCAGAGAGCCGACCCACAGUACCUAGGAAACACGACAAAGAAAGGCGCUUUUCUUCAGAGAGAAUGGGAAGACAGCUGUCUUCUUUGGGUAUUGAUCCUUCGAAGGCAAUAGAGCGUGCCCGCAGCAAGUCGCGCGGACGUAAGAGAGAUAGGUCUCCUUCAAGGGGCGCAGGUGGGGAUUCGUCGAUGGAGAUGGACAUUGAUCAACAGCAUCCUAAUAAGAAGAUGAGGACGAGGUCUCUAUCGAUGGCAAGAUCAAGGUCCAGGCCACCAUCUAAGGAGUUGGUACCUGGUGAGGGAUUCAAGGAUAGUAUCCAGAAGAGUAAGGCCAAGAAAAUGGCUUGGGAUGCUUCGAAGGUGAGGAAUAAGGAUGCGAGAAGGGGUGAAUCUGAUAGAGUUAUUCCCACACUCCGACCUAAGCAUCUCUUCUCUGGGAAACGUUCCAUUGGUAAAACCGAUAGACGAUGAUCAACUAUUCAGGGGAAGACGACCCAUUCUAAAGGGAUAUAUCAUAUUGGUGAAGACUUUAAGGAUUUUUGUUAUCAUCAUCUCACUGUUUUUAUUUAUUUAAUUAUGUCUUGAAGACUCUAAACCAGUUUUGUUAUGAAUUAUUAUUAUUAUGGGUUUUGUUUAUUUAUUUAUAUGUUUUGAGACACAAUACAUUGUUUAUUAUGCCUUUUGGAUUGAUGAAGUUAUGUUUUUUUUGUUAAAGCAAGUUUUGUUUUU